AGUUUGUGUGCGCGGCAGAGCUCGUCAGCCGGAUGGCGGCGGCGGAGGAGGGUGCCCCCGUGUAUGGCAGCAGGGUGGGGGCCCUGCAUGUAAGCCGCUACAGGUGAGCGGGGCCACUCAGCCUCGGCUGCUGCUGCUGCAGAACCUCUUCUCAGCGAGGAAGUGUCUGUCACUGUGUGAAGGAGGAGGUGCCAAGGAGGAGGAAGUAAAGGGGUUAAAGGAAGAAAAGCUAAGGGACAUAAGAAAUGUGGAGGAGGGGUCACUAUCCAGCCAGCAUCCGAUAAUCCGGAAAUUCUGGUAAUUUCAGUGAGGACCAGUCAUGCAGUUCUUGUCACUUACGCUGUUUGGUUUCUGCACCCUCUCUCUCCUCUUGUCUCAUGUGCUCGGUCAAAGUGAUUCGGAACUCCUGGUCACCACCCGUUCGGGUAAAGUGAGAGGUACCAGGAUAGAUGUCCUCUCCAGCCAUGUCACCGGAUUUCUAGGAAUUCCAUUUGCAGAACCACCACUUGGCAAGUUGAGAUUUCGACGAACAGAACCAAAAAAGCCAUGGAGUGAUGUUUGGGAUGCCACCAGCUAUCCUAAUGCAUGUUACCAAUACUUUGACACCUUGUAUCCUGGUUUCUCAGGGAUGGAAAUGUGGAAUCCUAAUAGGCCCAUGAGUGAGGACUGUUUGUAUCUUAAUAUCUGGGUUCCUUACCCGCGCCCUAAAAAUGCAACUGUUAUGGUCUGGAUCUAUGGUGGUGGCUUCUACAGUGGAUCCUCUUCCCUUGAUGUUUAUGAUGGUCGUUAUCUAUGUCACACAGAAAAUGUCAUAGUAAUUAGUAUGAAUUAUCGUGUGGGAGCAUUUGGUUUUCUGACACUGACACCAGGAAGUGCAGAUGCUCCAGGCAAUGUGGGCUUAUUUGACCAACGCUUGGCACUUCAGUGGAUCCAAGAUAACAUAGCAUUUUUUGGUGGUGAUGCUAGGACAGUCACUAUCUUUGGAGAGAGUGCGGGGGGUGCCUCUGUUGGCAUGCAUGUACUCUCUCCAGGUAGCCAUCAUUUAUUCUCUAAAGGUAUACUGCAGAGUGGCUCACCAAACACACCAUGGGCAACUGUUACACCCCAAGAGGCUCGGCGCCGGACUGAGCUGUUAGGGAAGCUGGUAGACUGUAAGCAGGGUAAUGAUACAGAACUUCUGAAUUGUCUCCGGACAAAAACACCACAGACUCUCAUUGACAAUGAGUUUUCUGUCCUUCCAGCUCCGAGUGUCUUUCGCUUUGCCUUUGUUCCAGUGGCGGAUGGAGACUUUUUCCCAGAAGCCCCUGAAACUUUAAUAAACAUGGGCCGGUUUAAGCCAUGCCCACUGAUUGUAGGUGUCAACCAGAAUGAGGGUUCCUACUUCCUACUGUAUGGAGCACCUGGCUUCAGCAAGAACAAUGAGAGCUUGAUCACUCGAGAGGAGUUCCUUGGCGGGGUGAGGAUGAGUGUCCCUCAUGCCAAUGACAUUGCUCUUGAAGCCGUCGUGAUGCAAUAUACAGACUGGGCAGAUGAACAUGCUCCAGUUAAAAACAGGGACGCUAUGGACCAGAUAGUUGGAGACCACAAUGUAGUUUGCCCCGUAACUUACUUUGGUGCAAAGGUGUCAGAGUUUGGGAACAGAGUAUAUGGAUAUUACUUCGACCAAAGAGCAUCCAACCUUGCAUGGCCGGAAUGGAUGGGUGUUCCACACGGCUACGAGAUUGAGUUCGUAUUUGGUCUUCCCCUGGAUCCAAAACUAAAAUACACCAAACAAGAGGCCGACUUUACUCGGCGGAUGAUGCGAUACUGGGCCAACUUCGCACGGACUGGGGACCCUAAUGAUGAUAGUAACUCCCGCCAACCAAAAUGGCCUGUGUUCACUUCAACAGAACAAAGGUACUUAACACUGAACCAAAAGCCUGCCCAGAACCUGCAGGGAAUAAGAGUCCAAAUGUGUACCUUCUGGAACCGCUUCCUGCCCAAGCUCCUCAACAUCACAGCGACCAGAUGGCCCUGCUCGAACUGCUCCCGAAACGGCCCCUACCUGCUGCUGCUCACUCUCUGUCUGCUUACAGUGCAGCAUAAAACGCCAUAAAGCGAACCCCCACCUCCCACACCCCGAAUGGACAGUCACUCCUCCUCACACAGUGAGACCAACACACGAAAAACUAUUAAUGCUACCUCCAACACCCAGAUAACCUUCCUCUGCAUGCUCCACUUCCUCAUCCAUCCAUCUAACUGUUCUGCACCGCCUUCCAUCGACCAUUUCUCUAUUUAUACGUUGCAAUAAAUUCAGAUUUUUUUUCUACAUUUCACUUUUUUGCCUUUUAUUUUUUAUGUUAACCAUUUCACUUUCUUUAAAUAACUAAAACAAUUAAUUCAAUCAUCUGACCCAUCAAUCUGCAUGCCUUCUCCUUUAAGAGAUAGUGAUCUUAAUUCCUUAUAUGGUCGGGCAUCAUGUUGUUUCUAAAUUGCAGCGCCACCUAGUGGUUAGAUAGUCGUGAAGCAUGUUAAAGCGAGCUAGUCACUGAUUAAUAUUCUAUUUUUUAGCAGAGGAGAUGUGAGGAGCUGGACAGGUAGCGGAGGAGAUAUGAGGAGCUGGACAGGUAGCGGAAGAGAUAUGAGGAGCUGGACAGGUAGCGGAGGAGAUAUGGGGAGCUGGACAGGUAGCGGAAAAGAUGUGAGGAGCUGGACAGGUAGCGGAGGAGAUGUGAGGAGCUGGACAGGUAGCGGAGGAGAUGUGAGGAGCUGGACAGGUAGCGGAGGAGAUGUGAGGAGCUGGACAGGUAGCGGAGGAGAUGUGAGGAGCUGGACAGGUAGCGGAGGAGAUGUGAGGAGCUGGACAGGUAGCGGAGGAGAUGUGAGGAGCUGGACAGGUAGCGGAGGAGAUGUGAGGAGCUGGACAGGUAGCGGAGGAGAUGUGAGGAGCUGGACAGGUAGCGGAGGAGAUGUGAGGAGCUGGACAGGUAGCGGAGGAGAUGUGAGGAGCUGGACAGGUAGCGGAGGAGAUGUGAGGAGCAGGACAGGUAGCGGAGGAGAUGUAAGGAGCAGGACAGGUAGCGGAGGAGAUGUGAGGAGCAGGACAGGUAGCGGAGGAGAUGUGAGGAGCAGGACAGGUAGCGGAGGAGAUGUGAGGAGCAGGACAGGUAGCGGAGGAGAUGUGAGGCGCUGGACAGGUAGCGGAGGAGAUGUGAGGCGCUGGACAGGUAGCGGAGGAGAUAUGAGGCGCUGGACAGGUAGCGGAGGAGAUAUGAGGAGCUGGACAGGUAGCGGAGGAGAUAUGAGGAGCUGGACAGGUAGCUGAGGAGAUAUUUGGUCCUACUUGACCUACCUUUCCAUUUGUCUGCCGUGUGAUGACGAGGAUAUGGUAGUCACCAAGGAUUUUCUUUUCCUCAAAAAUUAGCUACUCUGGUGGAUCCAGGAGUCAAGAAUAGAUAUUUUCUCAGGUUUAGUGGUGGUCUCAGGCCUGAGAACACAAAUUAAAGGGAAAUUAUACCCUCAUUAUUGUAUUUAUACAGAGAUGUAAUCAGCAUUCAUGUAUAGCUGAGGGAUUGGGCCCUUUAUUUUAUUUAUUUUGUAGUAUUUUAUUUUAUUAGUUGCCCCUAAAAUCCUCUUUCCUGGUCCUCCAAUGCAGCAUGGCACUAUAGUCUUGUAACCAGGGUGGGGCUUGCACCCAGGAGAGGUCUCCUAUCAUCUAUAUAAUGAUAGCCAUUAUCCAUAAUGCACACAGGCUUUUAAGAGUGAGCUAUCCUUUUAAGAUCCAUAAUCGGGGAAUCCAGUACAGUAUGGGCCUGGUAACUUAAAUAUCCCCAGUAAAUGAAGAUACCCCAAAAAAAUCCUGGGUGACAACCAAUGACCUCCAUUACAUUGCCAGCUCUCCCAGACUCCUGAAUGCCAGUUCCACCUAAUUACACAGUAAAAUAUCUUUCAAUAACAUAUUAACAAGCGGAUUUGCCAUGGCGGACUAUAGGAAUGUUGUUAACUAUUCACAGGAUGUUACUGGAAUUUUUUUUUAUACUUUGGGUGGAAAUGGCCUUUAAGUUAACAACAUGCAUGUUUAAUAUCCUAUUCUUCCUCAUCUGCUCUGUCCUUACACUCAUAUCCCAAUAUAUUUGCCUUUACCUCCACAAACCAUGACACAACAUGUUUUGUUUAAAGGGUAACCCCAGAGACAGUCCAGAUUAAUUUAAGCCCACGCUAUAUAAUAAGAAGCCACAGCCUAUCACCGCACCCAUAGGUCAUACAGGAGACCAUAAAUCAGCUCCUGUUAUCUGCUCACAUUAUCCGCCUUACGCCCCUUCCCCACCAAAAAUAUGUUUAACGAGAUAUAGGAAAUCCUAACUGCCAAACAUAGCACAUCAACAGGCUUUUAAAUAAUUUCUGGACGAUUCACGUAAUUUCAUCUAACCUUAAAAAGAUUCUUCACAAAAAUCUGAUUAAUAAUGCACCUAGACCUGUGAAAGAGACUGGUUGCUAAGGAUGUUCUAGACUAUGGUCGUCAGGCAUUGUAUCCCUAGAAACCAGCUGUCCAGCUGCCGCACAGUAAUCACAACAUUCCAAUUCCCAGCUCAGCCUGAACUAUUAAUCAGAUUUUUCUACAAAAUUGAUUUUAGGAGGGGCAGCUGUGAGACUACAUGUUCCAUUAUGUUAAUGCUAAUUAAAAGGCUGACUGUUGGAGUUCUCAGCUGCUGAAAGUCCAUCUACAGGUCCCCGCCAACUACCCAACCUUUUCAUAGUAAAUACCCCCCACUAUCAGAGCCUCUAAUUCAGCCAAAAUGUGGACCACUAUUUUGUAGACUAUUUAGGAGCAAUUACAACUCUACUUUUCCAGAGUCCUGAAUAACAAAAAUCUGUUUAGUAGUGCAAUGAUACAUCGCCUGCUCUAGUACCGAUGCCAAAUUUCCCACCCUUCGAGAUUCUGGCAAACCGAGUUGACAAUGGCGGGAUACUCCCUCUUCUCUCAGCCAUCUUUUUAUGCCUUUCUUAUGCUGUUUUUCCCCUCCCUUCUUCUCUCCGAUUUCCUGCUGUCCUC